GCUCUGCAAAACUACUCAUCAAAGUCAACAGAAGAAGAAGCACAAGGCCGACAUGGAUGGCAGCAGCAGCAGAGUCGACUGGACCAACCAUCCACCCCAACUCUACCCACUCAUCGCUGACCACCUCAAAACCCACAUCGAAGUCCUCCGAUUCCGCAGCGUCUGCAGCUCCUGGCGUUCUUCCAUUCCUCCGUUCCUCGCUACCAUAUCUCCCAAUUUCCCUUUCCCCCACGGGCCCACUGGCUUCCUCUCACAAAUCACCGUCUACCUCACCCGACCUGAUCCGAAUCCGAAUCCUUCCUCGUCAUCCUCGUCGUCCUCGUCGCCUUCAUCCAAGGGCUGGUUGCUGAAGCUCGAAGAGUGCGCGGACAAGAUUCGCCUUCUGAAUCCGAUAACCAACUGGCGGGUCAGCUCUGUCAAGGACGACGUUGCAAGAAAUCCAACGGAUUUGAACCUGGUGGACCUUAACAUGGUGGAGCUGGGCAAAGCAUAUGCGCUGAGAUACGCAAAGGGUUCUGGUUCUAUUUUUGGUAUAAACAAGGUGAUUGUAGCCACCAACUUUAUAGACCGCUCUAUUUUCAUGAUUUACGAUGAAGGAAAAUUGGGUUUUGCCCAAAUUGGAAAUGAGAAGCUCAGACUCAUCAAUGACCAAAUUUCUGAUUACGAUGAUUUGAUUGUGUACAAGGGUCAGCCUUUUGUUAUUAACAAAUGGGGUCAAAUUUUUAGUAUCAAUUCGUCUCUGGAAUUGGUUCCUUUUUCUCCUCCGAUUGGUUUUGGUUGCAGAAAGAAUUUAAUUGAAUGUUGCGGAGAGCUUUAUGUGGUGGAUAGGUACCUUGACCAGCAAGAUAAAAAAUCACAAGUACCUCUUCAUAAUGCCAGUUAUAAUUUUUUCCUUCGCCAUCCUCCCCUUCGUCGUCGUCGAAGAAUCUGCGACGCUGAUCGGCCCAAGGCAGUUGAUUUCAAGGUCUAUAAGUUGGGUGAUGAAGAGUUGGGGGGCAGAUGGGUUGAAGUGAAGAGCUUGGGGGAUCAAGCUUUCUUCUUGAGUGUUGAUUGCUGUUUCUCUGUUUUGGCUACGGAGUUGGAGGGUUGCAAAGGGAAUUGCAUUUACUUCACAGAUUCAAAUGACAGUGGUUUCGCGUUGAGAGAGUUGCUCAGAUCAGAUGGGUCUGUUUUCAGCUUGGAAGAUCGUAGCAUUAAUUGGCUUAGUUCUUCCCCUGUUUAUUCUCAGAUGUUUUGGCCACUCCCAGCUUAA